AUGAUCGCCAAGUAUACAGCUGUCUUCGUUGCGUUCUCGGCACCUGUCCUCGCAGGUCCCGUCUACCGACUUGUUGACGCACUAGAUGCAGACGCCUUCGAUCAGGCACAGCAAAGGGACGAUAGCGCAACGAGGGCCUUUUCAGACGUCAAUAUCAAGACUUUUGAAGGCAAAUGUCUUUUUGUUGAUCAGUUGUCCGGUGAUUCUGUAGCAAACCUGACUCCAAUUCAAGUGGCGGCUUGCGGUGCCACGGAUGGUCAAGGCUUCGAUGUCAUCACCAAGGGCGCACACAAUAGCGGUGCAAAUUCGAUCCUAAUCGUUAGCACUCUGACACAAGCAUGCUUCACCUUCGAUCCCACGCAGGCCUCCGGCAAGCAGGUCAUGCUAUACUCUUGCGGUGGUGUUGCAGACGGCAGCGGUGCCUCAAACACCUCACAGCUCUUUGCUGGUGAUGGCAGCGUUACUUCGCUUUCACUUGCACCGGAAAACCAGCCUGCCUCCUGCUUCACUGUAAAGGGUAACAGCGUGGAAAUCGCGGACUGUGACGAGAGCAGCACUGCGCAAACAUUCACCUUUGCAACUGUAGCCUCAGAGAGCGACGGAAAUGUCGACGUUCCGGCGUCAGAUGACGAGGCCACACCUUCAACUGCGACAUCAUCGAGCCAACCUACCGGAUCUGCAGCAGCGAGCAAAACGACACAGGCUGGGCAACUAAUUACAGUGACUUGCGAACCUGUAACCGUGACUGAGUCGGUAACGGUGACAGUCGUAUCUUCCGCGAAGGCGGAGGAAAUGUCCUCGGCGGACGUCACUUUGACGACCACUGUUUUCGUUACUGUUGGGCCAUCGUCGACUGUUGAUGAAGACGCCCCCUCGUCAACAGCUACACUUCUCAUUACGAUACCUUCGGCGUCGGCCACAGGAGCGUCAUCGGCUGCAGGCGCGAGUUCAGCAGCCCAAUCGUCGAAAGUACCGUCAGAUCCCAACACAAUUCCCCAAGUAUCUAUCAAUCCGAGUACGACCGUUGUUGUAUCAGGAGUCAAGCCAUCAUCUUCUGCCGCUCCGAGCACAGCUACCAGCGCAGCGACGAGUGAAGCUACAAGUGCGGCAUCCCAAGCAUCAUCAAAAGCUCCUGCAGACACGAAGACCAUUCCUCAAGUAUCUAUCAACCCAACCACAACUGCUGUCGUGGCAACAGGCGCGAUCCAAUCUUCCGCUGCCACUACAAGCGCAGCCACAACUGCAGUAGCUACACCAUCAUCUCAAGCUCUUGCGGACACAAAUACGAUCCCUAAACUGUCAAUCAACCCUCACACAACUGUUGUGGUUUCCUGA